CCUCCCAGAGAUCUGACGUGUUUUUCUCAUUUCCUGCAGCAGAGAGACGCAGCGCAGCCGCGUCGGAGGGUCUGUCUGUGGGGGGAGGCAGCCAGAGGUAUGUCCAGCCCGGGAGGAAGUUAGGGAUCAGUGCACGAAGCCAGGCCGUGCAGCGAGCACCAAGGAGCCGCUGUCUCUCCUCCUACUGCCUGGAUCUGCCCCUCCUCUCCGCUGCGGCUCCAGCGCCGCCGAUGCGCCGCGGCUGCUUCCAGCGGGCGUCCGGAGCCUCCCACGCCGCCUCACGGUGCCAUGCGACGCGGAGCAGCCACUUCCACGGAGCCGCCGGAGCGUCUGAACCCCUCUCGUGUUCGAAAUAAAGCCAUGACGCACGGACUCACAUCUGGGGCCUUUGGAGCUCUUCGCGUUUCCUCCGUGCGCUUCUGAAGGAGGCGUCCACGCGUCACCGCACGUUUCUGUGCCGCUGCGGUUUAUUCACUGUGACUUUCUAAAGGACAUUCGGACGCUGAGGGGUGAGAUCGCGGUGUUUGACAGGAGGAGACACAAGGAGGAGCAGCACGGAGCCGCGGUUCAACACGAGGAGCUGGUUGUUGUGGGAGAAAAGGGGACAAACAAGUGUCAGCGCCAUGGUGGUGUUCAACGGGCAGCUGAGGAUCAAGAUCUGCGAGGCGCUCCACCUCAAGCCCACCGCCUGGUCCCUGCGUCACGCCGUCGGCCCCAAGACGCAGACCUUCCUCCUGGACACGUACAUCGCCCUGAACGUGGACGACUCGCGCGUGGGCCAGACGUGCACGAAGCAGAAGACCAACAGUCCCGCGUGGAACGACGAGUUCGUCACUGACGUGCACGACGGGCGCACGGUCGAGCUGUCCGUGUUCCACGACGCGCCCAUCGGCUACGACGACUUCGUGGCCAACUGCAUCAUCCAGCUGGAGGACAUCCUGCACAACGACAGCAAGCACUUCGAGGACUGGAUCGACCUGGAGCCGGAGGGGAAGGUGUAUGUUGUCAUUGACCUGUUGGGAUCUUCCAGUGAGGUUGCAGCCGACUCCACCGAGAAUGAGGAGCGUGUGUUCCGGCAGCGGAUGCGUCCCAGGAAGCGCCAGGGUGCCGUCCGUCGCAGGGUGCACCAGGUCAACGGCCACAAGUUCAUGGCCACCUACCUGAGACAGCCCACGUACUGCUCCCACUGCAGGGACUUUAUCUGGGGCGUCUUAGGGAAACAAGGCUACCAGUGUCAAGUGUGUACCUGUGUGGUCCAUAAGCGCUGCCAUGAGCUGAUCAUUACCAAGUGUGCCGGGAUGAAGAAGCAGGAUGACACAGUUGUGGAGACAGUCGGGUCUCAGAGGUUCAGUGUCAACGUCCCGCACAAGUUCAGCAUCCACAACUUUAAAGUUCUCACCUUCUGUGAUCACUGCGGGUCUCUGCUCUGGGGUCUGCUGCGACAGGGGCUGCAGUGUAAAGUCUGCAAAGUGAAUGUACACCGGCGCUGUGAGAGUAACGUCGCUCCCAACUGCGGCGUGGACGCCAGGGGAAUCGCCAAAGUCCUCUCCGCCCUCGGAGUCACGCCGGACAAGAUCUCCAACAGUGCACAGAGACGCAAAAAGCUUCCUCAGGGUCAGGACCCCCAGCAGCAGAUAUCAGGGACGCCUCAGACAGAAGACGACCGCUCACAGUCCGCCCCCACCUCCCCAUGUGACCAGGAUGUGAAGGAGCUGGAGAACUUCAGGAAGGCUCUGUCGUUCGACCACCGCGGGGAGGAGCACAAGGCGCAUCCCCUGUCCUCGCCAUCCACUGAUGUCACGGUAACGGGGGGCGACCACCACGGCGCACCAGGCAGAGGAGGCGAUGGAGGCGGAGCCAAAGUGGAGGGAGAAGGGAGCCGGGCGAACGGUGAGGUCAAAGGUCACAGUGCUCCAGAGGCCAAGAGGAUGAACCUGCACGACUUUGUGUUCAUCAAGGUUCUGGGGAAAGGAAGCUUCGGAAAGGUGAUGCUGGCGGAGCUGAAAGGCAGUGACGAGGUCUACGCCGUCAAAGUGCUGAAGAAAGACGUGAUCCUGCAGGACGACGACGUGGACUGCACCCUGACCGAGAAACGCAUCCUGGCCCUCGCCAGAAAACACCCGUACCUGACGCAACUCUUCUGCUGCUUCCAGACUAAAGACCGCUUGUUCUUCGUGAUGGAGUACGUCAACGGAGGCGACCUGAUGUUUCAGAUACAACGAUCUAGGAAGUUCGACGAGGCACGUUCCCGAUUCUACGCCGCCGAGGUCACAUCCGCCCUGAUGUUCCUGCACCGGCAUGGGGUCAUUUACAGAGACUUAAAGUUGGACAACAUACUACUGGAUGCAGAGGGUCACUGUAAGCUGGCAGACUUCGGGAUGUGCAAAGAGGGAAUCCUCGACGGAGUCACCACCACCACCUUCUGCGGGACACCAGACUACAUCGCACCUGAGAUCCUUCAGGAGCUGGAUUACGGCCCCUCGGUGGACUGGUGGGCUCUGGGCGUGCUCAUGUACGAGAUGAUGGCGGGUCAGCCGCCGUUUGAGGCCGACAACGAAGACGACCUGUUUGAGUCGAUCCUCCACGAUGACGUCCUCUACCCCGUCUGGCUCAGCAAGGAGGCGGUGUCCAUUCUGCGAGCGUUCAUGACGAAGAGUCCUAACAAGCGUCUGGGCUGUGUGGUGGCUCAGGGUCUUGAAGACGCCAUUAAGCUCCACACGUUCUUCAGAGAGAUCGACUGGACGCUGCUGGAGCAGAGGAAGAUCAGGCCGCCGUUCAAACCACGCAUUAAAACCAAAAGGGACGUGAACAACUUUGACCAGGACUUUACUCGCGAAGAACCCGUCCUGACGCCGGUGGAGGACAGCAUCAUCAAGCAGAUCAACCAAGAUGAGUUCAAAGGUUUCUCCUACUUCGGAGACGAGACUGCAGCUUAGACGCACGAGCACAUACAACGUCAUGCAUUCACAAAUU